AUGGUAAUGCGACGGAAGUCUGUCCAUUACGGCGAUUUGGACCUUAACCGGAUUAUCAAUACAUUAGUUCAGGUGAAGCCAUGGCAAAAAACUGUUGACAUAUCUGAAAAUGAGAUGAGAAUGAUUUGUGUCCUCUCGCGACAAAUUUUUAUGAAUCAGCCUAUGCUUCUGGAAUUGGAACCGCCACUUAAGAUUGCUGGAGACAUACACGGACAAUAUUCUGAUUUGCUGAGAUUAUUCCAUCUGUCUGGUUUUCCUCCCGAAUCGAAUUAUCUAUUUCUUGGAGACUAUGUAGAUCGUGGACCGAAAAGCAUUGAAACAAUUGUUCUUUUGCUAUGUUACAAGAUCAAGUAUCCCAAUAACUUCUUUUUGUUGCGUGGAAAUCAUGAAGUUGCUAAUCUCAAUAGGAUUUAUGGCUUUUAUGAUGAAUGCAAACGAAGAUACAGUAUCAAGUUAUGGAAGACGUUCCAGGAUGUUUUCAAUUGUAUGCCCGUAGCAGCUCUUAUAGAUAACAAAAUAUUUUGCUGUCAUGGAGGACUUUCUCCAACACUUCGCUCAUUGGACCAAUUGAAGAGAAUUUCACGGCCAUGUGAUGUGCAUGAAACAGGAUUACUCUGUGAUAUCCUGUGGUCUGAUCCGGAUGCGAGUGUAGUUGGUUGGGCUCCUAAUGAACGAGGAGUAUCUUAUGUCUUUGGAGUUGAUGUAUUAGCACAAUUUUUACAAAAAAUGGAUUUAGAUAUAGUUGUUAGAGGACAUCAAGUAGUCGAAGAUGGUUACGAAUUCUUCGGAAGAAGAGGUCUUGUCACUAUUUUCUCGGCACCCAAUUACUGUGGAGAGUUCGAUAAUGCUGGAGCUGUAAUGAACGUGGAUGAAAAUCUUCUUUGCUCAUUCCAAAUUCUGAAACCUCUGCAGAUGCUGGAGACGAAAGAAAAACAAAACUCAUUUGCUAAUGGCUUAGCAAAUCUUGUAAAUAUUCGAAUUGAACCAAAAACUCAACAACAAAAAAGGUUUCGCCGCGGAGUUCUGUGA